AUGUCUAAGAAAGAAGCUCAGACGAAACCUACAAUAGGAGCGCAUACUUUUACAAUCAAAAUGAAAUCAAACGAGAAUGAUGUUACACUGAAUGUAUGGGACACAGCAGGCCAAGAUGAGUAUAAAUGUUUCAUUCCUAUAUUCGCACAAGGCGUUGAUGUUGCAGUUAUUGUUUUUGACGUUUCAAAUUCCGAGUCGUACGAUUCGGUCCAAAUUUGGGUUGCUACAAUCAAGAAUGAGUAUCUUAUUAAUGAUAUUUUUGUUGCUGCCAAUAAAUCAGACCUUGAAUUCGAUAAGGAUGACCUCAAAGAGAUAUCGUGUUUUCUGGAUGAACAUAGCAUACCUAUGUAUUUUACAUCAGCCGUUUCUGGCAAAAAUAUACCUACCUUAUUCCAAGAUAUCGCUGAUUUGCCAUUCCCUGAAAAAGUAGCAGAAAAAGCAAUAGAAUUUAAUGAGCCGGAGUUUUCACGCGAAAAAUCCAAAUGUUGCCUGUUAAUAUAA